CACACUCUGCUUACUGAGUCAGCGGUGUGUACGGUUUUCCCAAACGCCGUUUUGCAUGGAAGUUGGCAUCAGUUCUUCAGAUUCGUUUAUUUCUUUAUUCUAUAAUUCUCUCUGAACUGAAAGCUGAUUGAUUGAUUUCUCCAUCUCGUUUCCCAGGGAAAGGUUCCUGUUCGCUUCUAAAGUGUGAUACCCAACAUAUAGAGCUGAGAAGAUGGGGGCUUCCAGCUCUAAGAUAGACGAAGAUAAAGCCCUGAAGCUAUGUCGCGAAAGGAAGAAGUUUAUCAGACAAGCACUUGAUGGCAGGUGCUCACUGUUAACUGCUCAUAUUGCGUAUGUUCAGUCGUUGAGGAAUACAGGAACUGCUCUAAGGAAGUUUGUUGAACAUGAUGGUCCAAUUGAAUCUUCUUUGUACACUUCCACUAAUGCAACUCCAGAGCCAGUUGUUUUAACUGAAAAGUCUCUAUCCCAGUUCUCAUUGUCCUCUCCAACCUUUUUGCAACAGGUAGAUGCAACUGAAAACCCUUUUCCAUCUCCUUCUCCUCCUAAUUCAAGUCAAUUUCAGGCAAGUCACAUGAAAUUUAGCAGUAUAUCAUCCAAAAAGGUUGAAGAAAAACUUCCUUCACCCAUUGUUGGAACAGUAACGUCAUCAAGCACCCCACAAAAUAGCAAACCUCAUUACACUGAAAAACAAGAGGUGUCACUAUUUAAAGAAUCUGCUAUCCCACCAAGAACUCCACCAUGGGAUUACUUUGGACCUCACCAUCCGAUUGACCUUCAAUUUUCUUUUCAAGAAGGGAAGGGGAUGAACCAAGGGUUUGAGAAUGUCGAUGAUUUAAGAAAGCUUAGGGAAGAGGAGGGAAUUCAUGAGCUGGAAGAUGAAGAAGUGAAUGCUUCUUUAAGUGAAAGGGAAGAGUCGUUAGAUUCAGAGGAUGAAUUUGACGAACCUUCUGCUGAUACUCUAGUUAGACAUUUUGAAAAUUUUAACCGGCUACAUGAUCAUAAUGCACCUAGUGCUUCACCUACUAUGCCGUCUGCUGGUAGUAUAGCUUCUGAACGAGAGUUAAUGAACGGGGAAAAAAGCAACUCUCCCGAUUUAUCACCAGUGAGAGCCACUUCCUCUAGAACUGUCCUUCCAUCUAAUACAAAGAAUACACUGGUGAAGGAAGAUUGUAUUGAAAAUAAGGUUACCUCUAAGGACUUCCUUUCGAGCAUGAAAGAUAUUGAACAUCUCUUUAUUAAAGCUUCUGAAUCUGGGAAGGAAGUUCCAAGGAUGCUUGAAGCAAAUAAAUUGCAUUUCCGUCCAAUAUUUCCAGCAAAAGAAAGUGGAUCAGUGGUGUCUACAUUCUUCAAAGCUUGUUUCUCCUGUGGGGAAGAAUAUAGCGAAGUUCAAGAAGAGCCGGCUCAAAAUUCCGUAAAGUACUUAACAUGGCAUAGGACGGAAUCAUCUCGAUCAUCUUCAUCCAGGACUCCUCUGCAUUCGAAUUCAGGCAACAAGGUUGAGGACCUUACCUGUAGUGUUUUUGACAGUAUUCACAUGAUCUCGAGCAGUCAUGCCUCAACCUUGGAUAGACUAUAUGCAUGGGAGGGGAAGCUUUAUGAUGAAGUAAAGGCUGGUGAGAUGGUCAGAAGAGUGUAUGAUGCAAAGCGUAAAAUGUUAAGAGAACAGGAAUCAAAUGGAGAAAGUACUACCAGAAUUGAUAAAACCCGAGCUGUUGUCAAAGAUCUACACUCCAGAAUCAGAGUUGCAAUUAACAGGAUUGAGUCAAUAUCAAAGAGGAUUGAAGAACUGCGAGACACAGAGCUACAACCGCAACUUGAGGAACUCAUUGAAGGGUUAAGUCGAAUGUGGGAAGUAAUGUAUGAGUGUCACAGUCUUCAGUUUCAUAUUAUCUCAUUAGCUUACAACAAUGGUGAUAGCAAAAUCUACAUACAGUCAGAUUCACAUCGGCAGAUUACCACUCAUUUAGAAAGUGAACUAAACUCUCUGUCUUUGAGUUUUACAAGGUGGAUUGAUGCUCAGAAAUCUUAUCUCCAGGCCAUAAGGGACUGGCUUUACAAAUGUGUCUAUCUUCCUCAGAAGUAUUCCAGGAGAAAAAAACUAGUAGCAGCCCCCCCUUUGCAUAUGGUUGGCCCUCCUAUAUAUGCCACUUGUGAUGGUUGGUUGGAAAAACUGAAUGAAUUGCGUCCCGAGCGUGUCAGUGAUUCUAUAAAGAAUUUAGUGGCAGAAACAAUUUGCUUCCUGCCACAUCAAGAAAAGAAUAAAGGGAAGAGUGCCACCCUUCCUUCAACAUCCGGGAAUGCUGAUAAUGACAGUGAUCCUGCAAUUAAUAUAAUGACAGAUGAAGCUUCAGAGGAAUGGAUUUCAGGUUUUGACCGGUUUAGAUCAAGCCUGGUGGGAUUUAUCGGUCAGCUGAACAAUUUUGCUAAGGAUUCUGUAGUUAAGUAUACAGAGCUUAUGCAAGCAAUCAAAGAUGCUAAGAAUAAUUACACUGAGAUGAUUUACCGAGACUCUAAGAGCAAUGCUGAUCAGGUACACAAUAAUGGUCAAUUAGCAUCAUAAUCUUCUUAAACUUGGAAUUCAUGAAUGAAGUUGCAAAUGGGGAGAAGGAAGAAUUACAAAUAGUGGGAAAGUUUCAUUUCUAUAGCUUAAAGGCAGAAGCAUAGAAUAAAGAAAGGUAGAAGAUAAUUAGGAAUAAGAUGGGUUGUAUAAAUUCAGCAUAGAAUGUAACAUAAAUUUCCACUACUAAUCUCAGUUUUCAUAGUGUCCUUGUAUAGUCAUAGUAUAGUGCUUUGAAAAUGUACUUUUUUUGGUCAAAUAUUUGUUUUUCUUAAAGUAAUGUAAUUUGUGACAAAUAAACUGUUUUUGAUCUCUUUGAUGUCACAUUGUUUUAUUAGUGCAAGUUGUUUUAGUUGAAGAGCCA